GAGGGAGGGGUCGGCCUGCGGGUAGCCAGAGGCUGGGGCGGCUGUGGAGCCUGGGGUGGAAGAGGGAGUGUGGGGCAGCGAAAAGGUGAGCCGAGCUGACGGAGGGGACGCGCUGCGGGGCGCCCCCAGUCUAUGGAGCGGGGUAAGAUGGCGGAGGCGGAGAGCCUGGAGACAGCGGCAGAGCACGAGCGGAUCCUGCGAGAGAUCGAGAGCACUGACACGGCCUGCAUCGGGCCCACGCUCAGGUCUGUUUAUGAUGGUGAAGAACAUGGACGUUUCAUGGAGAAGCUUGAAACUCGUAUCCGUAAUCACGACCGAGAAAUUGAGAAAAUGUGCAACUUUCAUUACCAGGGCUUUGUGGACUCUAUAACUGAACUGCUGAAAGUGAGAGGAGAAGCUCAGAAACUCAAAAAUCAAGUGACGGAUACUAAUAGAAAACUACAACAUGAGGGAAAGGAACUGGUAAUAGCAAUGGAAGAGCUGAAGCAGUGUCGACUACAACAGAGAAAUAUUUCUGCCACUGUUGAUAAAUUAAUGCUGUGUCUUCCAGUCCUAGAGAUGUACAGCAAACUGAGGGACCAGAUGAAAACUAAGAGUGUGCUGGAAAGGGUGAUGGACUUAGCAUUCACAGACGACACCAUACACCACUGUCACGAGGGAGGCAAGAGCGCGGGCAAGCCAGUCUGGAGCCCCGAGGAGGAGGCCCCCUCUUCAAGAGUGGGAGGGGGCGGGGCCUGGAGUGUUGGGGGCAGCCUGGGAACACCUCUGCUUAAUAGGCGUGGCCUUCAGGGCAGAGGCCUGCAGGGCUCGGCCAUAAGAGAAGGUCAGGGCCCAGGGCUUCAGCAGGGGGCACUUGUUAAUGGCAUUGAGGUUGAUGGAUGCCUCCUCCUCACUCUGGCCUCCAGACAGGAAGGUGAUCCCAGUGACAGCCGGGGGGACUGUGCGGCGCAGCGCUGUGACGGUCGCCAUGGCAAUCUCCUCAUGAGAAAACUUCUGGGUGCAAGCGUGCCCUGGGGUGACCAUAUUGGGCUUCAGCAAGGUGCCUUCCAGGUAGAUGUGGUGGUCGCUCAGAGCCUUGUAGACAGCAGCCAGCACCUUCUCGGUCACAUACUGGCAGCGCUUCAAGUCAUGGUCCCCAUCAGGGAGGAUCUCAGGCUCCACGAUGGGCACAAUGCCAUUCUGCUGGCAGAUGCUGGCAUAACGGGCCAGGACAUUGGCAUUUUCCAUGAUGCGCUCAGACAGCCCAUCCAACCCUUGGGUGGUAGUCUCGCCAUUUGUCCCUGCCAGGGGAACCACGCCCUUGUCUACCUUGAUGCCCACAACACCGCCCUUGGAUUUUAUAACUUGGGGGAAGGGACGACCAUCAUCCGCCUUCUGGUAGAGUGUCUCGUGGAAGAGGAUGACACCCCCAAUGCAGGGGUUCACUCGGUCGUCAGCUGUCAGCAGCAGCUGGCGGUAGAAGCGCCGGUUCUCCUCGGUGUUCUCGGUGCCAAUGGACUGCAGCCUCUUGGCAAUGCUCCCAGUGGACUCAUCUGCAGCCAGGAUGCCCUUGCCGGGUGCCACGAUGCGGUGAGCGAUGUCAGACAGCUCCUUCUUCUGCUCCGGGGUCAGCGCUGGAUAUUGGUAGGGCAUGGUGCUGGUGGUAGCAAGUUCCUGGCACAGGAGAGGGGCGGGUGUGCAGGGUGCGGCGGCAGAGGGCGGCGGGCUGGCGAGUGGACUCAGGGUGCGAACGCGGAACUCGUCACCAGUACCCCUUCUGCUUUUUUUUUUGCCCAGCAGCAAAGAAACUUGGAUAACAUCGUCUUGCAACAACCCAGAAUAGGUAGCAAGAGGAAAUCUAAGAAAGACGCAUAUAUAAUCUUUGAUACAGAGAUAGAAAGCACUAGUCCUAAGUCUGAACAGGAUUCAGGAAUUCUGGACGUUGAAGACGAGGAAGAUGAUGAAGAGGUACCUGGGGCCCAAGAUUUGGUGGAUUUCUCUCCAGUAUAUCGAUGUCUACACAUAUAUUCUGUCCUGGGUGCCCGGGAAACAUUUGAGAAUUACUACCGAAAACAGAGGCGAAAACAGGCUCGUUUGGUACUUCAGCCUCCGUCUAACAUGCAUGAAACUUUAGAUGGCUACAGGAAGUAUUUUAAUCAAAUAGUAGGCUUUUUUGUGGUUGAAGAUCACAUUUUACAUACAACCCAGGGCUUAGUAAAUAGAGCCUACAUUGAUGAACUGUGGGAAAUGGCACUUUCAAAAACCAUCGCAGCACUCCGUACCCACUCGUCUUACUGCUCUGAUCCAAACCUUGUGUUAGAUUUGAAGAAUCUCAUUGUGCUUUUUGCUGACACACUUCAGGUGUAUGGUUUCCCUGUAAAUCAGCUUUUUGACAUGCUGUUAGAAAUCAGAGAUCAAUAUAGUGAAACUCUGCUAAAGAAGUGGGCAGGUGUUUUCAGAAACAUACUUGAUUCUGACAACUACAGUCCUAUACCAGUAACAAGUGAAGAGAUGUACAAAAAGGUGGUAGGACAAUUCCCAUUUCAAGAUAUAGAACUGGAAAAGCAACCAUUUCCAAAAAAGUUUCCUUUCUCUGAAUUUGUGCCAAAAGUUUACAACCAAAUUAAAGAAUUUAUCUACGCUUGUCUGAAGUUUUCAGAAGAUCUUCAUCUAAGCUCAACUGAAAUUGAUGACAUGAUUCGUAAAUCAACAAACCUGUUGCUGACAAGGACUCUAAGCAACUCUCUGCAGAAUGUCAUUAAAAGGAAGAAUAUUGGGCUUACUGAGCUUGUCCAGAUUAUUAUCAAUACAACACAUUUGGAGAAAUCCUGUAAGUACUUGGAAGAAUUUAUCACCAACAUCACUAAUGUGCUUCCAGAAACAGUUCACACUACCAAGCUGUAUGGCACCACAACUUUUAAGGAUGCUAGACAUGCAGCUGAAGAAGAGAUUUAUACCAACUUAAACCAGAAGAUUGACCAGUUUCUACAGCUGGCAGACUAUGACUGGAUGACUGGAGAUUUGGGCAACAAAGCUAGUGAUUACCUGGUAGACCUCAUUGCCUUUCUUCGUAGCACCUUUGCUGUAUUCACACACCUUCCUGGAAAGGUGGCCCAGACAGCGUGUAUGUCAGCUUGCAAGCAUUUAGCUACAUCCUUGAUGCAACUUUUGUUGGAAGCUGAAGUGCGGCAGCUUACCUUGGGAGCAUUACAGCAGUUCAACUUGGACGUCAGAGAAUGUGAACAGUUUGCCAGAUCCGGCCCGGUGCCUGGGUUCCAGGAGGACACGCUGCAGUUGGCCUUCAUCGACUUGAGACAACUUUUGGAUCUUUUCAUCCAGUGGGAUUGGUCAACCUACCUUGCUGACUAUGGUCAGCCCAACUGCAAGUACCUCCGGGUAAACCCAGUGACUGCUCUGACCCUGCUAGAGAAGAUGAAGGAUACUAGCCGCAAGAACAACAUGUUUGCACAGUUUCGGAAAAAUGAGCGAGACAAGCAGAAACUCAUUGACACUGUGGCCAAGCAGCUCCGAGGACUCAUCAGCAGCCACCACUCAUGAAGGGUGGCCUGGACCUACAGAGGCGACCUGCUGCAGCCCCUUUGUCUGGGAUCCAACCCCAGCUGACCCUGCAUUUGUGUAUUCUUCUUCAAAGAGAGCAUAUGUAUUUUUUUAUUAACCCCUGUGCAGUAUUCACAUAACAUUUCCCUAUAGUAAAAGAGGCACAAGAAUAAGCAAGUACAUGAGAUGUUGCUAGGCUGGGACUCAGGGGAAGUUAUUACUACACUAUCUGUGUUAUCUUAGAGAUGGUGGUAUCAUCAAUCCCAGUGUGAUGAACCACCUUCCAUCCAUGGCUCUAAAGCUUUAGGUCUGGGGCUUAGGAACCACAAAAAAUGGGUAUCUGGCACUGGGAGGUAGAGUGAAUAAGCAAAAGGAUACUAAAAUAUGUCCUGUUCACUCCUGGAUGCCCAUUCACCGCAUAGAUGAGGCUGAUUCUUCUCAAUGCAAGGAAAGGGCCUGGCCAACAUUAUUUAAUACACUAAGGGGAGCUCUGGAGGGUCAUCUCCUCAGUCUGCUGACUUUCACUGGCUUGUGAACAAACAUGUCAUAUGGCAAGAUGACAGCUUCAUUCCAAUCCCCCAAGCUUGGCAAUUACUUUAGCCUAGAUCUAACCUGAGGCUUUUACUGCAAAUUUUUCUGGGGCAGGAUACAGCUAAGUAGAGAGCGGUAAUAAUUGGAUCCCAUCUUUAACUGCAGAUUGCCCCAACUCUAGGAGUGUUGAGUCUCAACCCAAGGAGUUUUUCUGGAUCUUGAAAGCCAGUUUUCAUGGAAUCAGAGACCCAAUGCCUUCCCUGCUCAUCUCAUUUCCUUCAUUCACAGUCAGAGCAUUUGGUUCAGGACAUAAAUCAACAGUUAUUUCCAUAGGUCUUCACAGAGCGUCUGAGACUUAGCCUUCUCCAGUAAUGCCACUGAAAUAGUUCAGAUUUCAGAAGCCUAAAAAUGGCCCUUACCUUACCCUUAGGUGAAACCUGAGGAUUAGUUGUGAUUGUUCCUUUAUGUUUUAAAACCAGUGGUUUUGGCUAUGAUCUUCAAGGAAAUGUCACCAGCUCUGCACUGUGGGGGCAGCCAUGACUGGACUGGAUGCAUCUAGGGAUGGAGACAUUGUUACCAUAAAGUCAUCAGAGCCAGCCAUGGCUUGUGAUUUGUUGCCUCUGGCCCAACUGUCCUUCACUAAAUAAUAUCCUAGAUAUUAUUUUGUCGUUGAAGCCCAAGGUUCCCAUCCUCUUUUGAGAUCCCCAAAGCCAUCUUUGGCUUUGUCUGAGAAAGAUUGCCUAUAAUCCUAUCCUCCAAACUCUAAAGCCUGGAGCAGCUUAGCUUGGAGGCUGCAUUCAUUGUCCCAGAUGGACUCCUGAGACUUAAUACAAGGGCUUUGCUAUGAAGUCAGUCAGGGGAAACUGUACUUUAAGAUACUUCAGAAAGAUGCUACUAUGGCUACUGGCAAGAGUAUAAUUGCACAUCACCAAACAAUGACAAAUAAGCCACACAGGACUUUCCAGCUUGGAUUGGUGGGAGGAGAGAUUUAUCAAACAGAAUUCUUCACUACCUUUGUCAGCUACUGAGUUGCUUCUGGGGAGGGAAGCACUUCCUUGCCCCCCACCACCCUCAACCCCUCUACCUCACCAUAUCCUAUCACAUCUUGAUAGUCAUGGGGAAGAGGAUGUGCACACAGACAUACAAACUUCCUCAAAACUGGAGAGACAAGGCUACAUGUGAGCUCACAGACGCCUGCUGCAGCUCAUCCUGAGGGCUGGGUGGUUGGCCAGGGUUUCAAGAUGAGGGUAAGGGAUGAGCACUGCCACCCAGAACUUGAUAAGCCAAGAGAAGGCAGGAGCCAAAAUGGCAUCGCCAAGCUCUUGUCUUUGUUGAAACAAGUGAGAAACGAUUAUAUUAAUCUGAAGUUCUAUUGCUUGAGAAGGGUUAAAAACGCUUUUCUUCACUAGUAUCCCCUUUGUAGCAAGAUCUCUUCAGCUUUAAGUACUGAGAGACUUUGAAGUGGAAAUGGAGAGACAUGUAAGCAUGCCACAGUGUUUAUCUUUAGAGGAUCAUCAUUGCUGGUCUCAUCCCAAACCUCUGCCUUGGAAGAACUGUGCUAUAGAGGAAAAGGUGAACAAGGUGGAGGAAUAGGGUUUAUUCUGCACAGAAGUCCCCUGAAAGAAAAAGCUUAUUCAAGCUCAAUAUAUAAAGAUGGACCCUUUGAUAUAUCUUCUCUCCAUUCUUAGUCUAUCUAACUAAAAGCAACAUGCAGCUACUGAGUUGUAUGUAGAGACAUAGUCUUGGUUGGACAGGGAAGAUAAAAACCGGGACCAGCAAUGUCAAGUUUUUGAAUUAGAAAAGUGGAAUGUUUUUAGUUUUGUCUAUAGACUUGUAGCUGGGCCAACCCUUGAGAGGACUUGUGCAAAGCAUGUGUGCCCAUACCCAUCAGACUCUUCAGAUAUGGCAUCAAAUACCUACAGAUAUGGAAACCCUGGAGGGCUUCAAUAAGAGGGCAAGCACACAGAUGGCUAGAAGCCCAUAUGGCUUUUGGUCAGGAUGAACCCUUGGCCAAGUUCCUGGGGAAACCAGGUCUAUGUUCCUGAAGGGACAGUCCAGUUUGGGACCCUAUUAGGUUUCAGUAGUAAUAUAGGCUGCUUGCAUGAUUUUAACAUUCAUAGGAAAAAUCUCUUUGAGCAGGCUGUAAAUGAAGCUGUUGCAGGAAGGAAGGAAUAGGACCUGAAAAUGGGAACCAGGAAGUGAGACCCUGUUGGCAAAGGGAAUGAACAGCUUCCAGGGUGCAUUGCCCAGUGUUUUCAUUGCAUACCAGUCCUCCAAGUCAGUCUAGCCUUACUGUACACUUGACAAGUGCUUACUCAGCAAGUCACAGACCCACGGCCUUUUAUCUCUCAAGAUUGGCUUUGGCCAUGACCUUCCUCGUCAGGCCUCUGAGCGCACUCUCUAGGGACUGCUGCAGAAAUUCCCCUACCUUAGCCUCCCUUCUCCCAGGAUUCCUCUCUUGACUGCAACUGCCUCUUCUUCUUCUUCUUUUUUUUUUUUUUUUUUUUUUUUGCCUGCAUUCACAAGUACUUUUCACAAAGGUGUUGGAAAUGGCGUUUUUACUUUGCACAGAUAGUUGCACAUUUAUAGAGAAAAUUAGGAAAGUCCAUUUUUAACUCUGAAGGGAACUUUUUUCUCUAAAACUUACUAGUAAGUUUUACUAGUAAAACUUUACUAGUAAAGCUACUGAUAUGGAUGGGCCGCAUGGUUAGGGGAAAUCUCCUCUGUGAAAAGAGCAUGUUUAUUCCUCUUGUACAUUUUCCUCUUUUAACUGCUAUUAAACAAGAAAGCCUACAUACCUGUUUCAAAAGCCACGGUGUUGUCUCAUGGGUAUUUUGUUCUUCCAUCCCAUUUGCAGAGUGCAACUGUGGUUGGUGAACUGGAUGACUGACAUUGGAUCCCCACUCAGCUAGACUGAGGACUAGAGCAGGUGAGAGCCUAGUGGGGAAGAGAAAGCCUACCUUCCACACAAAGCAAGGAGCCAUACUGUGGCCUUGGAAACAUCCCUAACCCCUGGGUUAGGUUUUUUUCCUGCUUAUGCACCUAACACUGACAUCAUCAUCAAGAAGAACUUUUUGAACUGCUUGAGUUAAGUGGAGCACUGGGCUAGGCAACUUGGAACCCAAUGUUGAACACUAGCCCUGCCAAGGAAAGGCUCCCAGUCAAGAUGGAGUGAUGUAGGAUUAUCCAGAACAAGGCCACGCUGGAGAAAAGGGAGAGAUGAGCCUAUUUUAGACUCAGUGCAGGAGGGGUACAGUCAUCCUGGCCUAGUGGAGGAAAGGGUCUGGUUAGGAAAGACAGCUCAGAAGAAGCAGGAUGUUAAUUAGCUGGGCCUUGAAGGGGAAUGCAAGUCAAAUUUUGUGAAGUCAUAGGAAAGAGUAUUUUUGGUGCAGACCACAUUAGAGUACAAUGUUGGCAUGAGCCUGGUAUGUUCUGGGAUGUAAUGAAGAACCUCCUAGGCACAUCUGGAACCAUGGUAAGUAAGACCAGCAAUGCCAGUGUAGCAAUGCCCAGCCUGCUUGCCCUCCAGGCUAGCACACAAGCAAUGGGAAUAGACUAGAAACAGUUUUCUUCAGUAAGAUAUCUGACUGCUGCAACUGGGCUUUCAUGCCCGAGACCUGGGCUUUAAUCUCUGCAAUGCCACUUACUAGCCUCUGACCUUGAACAAUUACUCAACAAACUCCCUAAAUGUCAUCAUCCUCAUCCAUGAAAGCAGAAUGGUAGUCUCCAACUUACAAGUUUGUUGUGAAGUGUAAAUGAGCUGUGGAAGGUCAAAAUGCUUAGCCAGUAUCACAUCGAGCAAUAGUCUAUGCAAUAUUUAAGGCCUUUUCCUCCCUACCUUCCAAUUCCACAACAUGCCUCAUGGCUGAGCAAGGGACAAAGGUGUCCAGGGCUUCUCUGCCUCCUGACAUCCUCUCCCCAAGUCCACUACAGGGUUGGUGAUAGCCAUGCCCCACAAGCACCUGUAUAUGAAACAGAGGGACAUGCCUUUCAAAUCAGCCAGCCACCUGGCUCUGAGGACAGCCUAUCCUCAACACUACCUGGAACCUUCUCUACUCUCGCUUUGGUUCCAAAACUUAUACCUUCUUCUAUUGGGAGUUCUUAACCGGGUGUCCAAGAACCAUCACAGAUGUGUGUGUGUGUUUGCAUGUAUGUGUGCAUGCCACCCAUUUUUUUCUGGAAAGAAGGUUCAUGGCUUUCAUCAAUGUCUAAGAGAGAUUCAUGACUAAAAUAUUGAAUAAUAACCAAAUCCCUUCAGACAUGUAGCUCUCCUCGUGGGGGAAAAGCCAGAAGCUCUAAGCAGUGACCCUUCUCCCUGCCUCAUAGAGCUCUGACAGAUUUUUCAAGCCCUGCUGGUCUGCCACCCACCUUCUCCAGAAGCCUCCCCCUGAACCCCAUGUCACACCUAAAGAUUGGUGAAACCACUGCUCCUGGCUUUCAGCAUGCUGGGGUCCUGAGGGGGAACAGGAGGACUCUGCACUCCUGAAAACACAGAGGCUUCCAGCUGGUUGGGGAGAUGACAGAGUUCAGUACAGAGACUUGGACUAUAACAGUCAAACAACCUGACUUACCCCAGAACAUUUCCCACAGCCUCAGUACUGACUCUUAUGACUUCCGGCCCAAGGCCUUGUCCAGAGAGAGACCAGUAACCCUGUGGGGUGCUCUGAGGCAGAAAAACAAAGCAAAUCAAAACAGCCCAGGGAAGGAUGUGAAGCAGUCACCACCUUGCCCCUUUUCUCACAGCUGGACUUCUUAUCUGCCUGCCAGACAGAUGCGGAUGGGGAAUAGCUGGUGGGAGAUAAGAGGAGGCAGGGAAAGAAAGUGCCAAACCCUUUCCCCAGAGGCCUCAUUUUGAAUUUAAUGGACAGAGUUUGCCAGGAAUGAGAGAGGCUACAGGCCCUAGGGACCAGAAGACAAAGGCUCUUGAGGAAGUGCAAGGGGGAGGAGGAGAGGAGUGAGGGCCAGGCAUUGUGUGGGAGAGCUACCCCUCUAUCUGUUUCAAUCGCUGGUGGGGUUAGGGUUACCCUGCAUUUGGGGCCCCAGCUGCUUUGUGGGGUCUGUGACAUCAGCUGUUGUGAUGGUAAUGGAUGGGCCUCUCGCAGGGGGCACCCCCUCCUUGGCCAGCCCCUAGAGAAGAUAGAAGCUUCUGUCCCCUCAGGGUGGGGGCCAGCUGGGGGCCCAGAAUCGGACCCAAGACAACAGCCCCCCUCCUACCAAUCUGAACCCACUGCUAAGUGUAACUUCCAAGCCCAAGCUGUGACCUUCCUCUCUCCAGAGCUCCAGAAAAGGAAUGGAAUCUGAGCAUUGAGACGCUUUUCUGGCCCUAAACAAUCCUCCCAUUCUCUAGGCUCAAUGAUGGGUCUAUUUCCUCCUGUAAAUGGGUCUCGUAAUCUUCAACUUUUACCUUUGCUUCUAAGGGUAAUUAAUUGGAUCUGCCUCUUGUUCUCCCCACACACUCCCCUCUCUGUUACAAGGCUCAGGUUAUGCUGGGUAGAUGGCUUUCUUUUUGUUCCAUGGGGUGCUUAUUCUUAAAGCUGAUGGAGUAAGGCCCUGCCCUCUCCAGUGAUCCCCUUUUCCAGAGAAGCCUGCUGGGGAAGCACCACUUCCGUGGGUACUUGUAAGGGGCCUAUGACUGCACCAGCCAAAGGCUUUUCAGAUAGCCAGUUUUAAGCAGCCAUUCAGCUUUUUCCCAAGAUUUUAGGGAAGGCAUUUUCAUGUAACACUCUCAGAAGCAAAGUGGGAAUUUAUUGGUGGUCUGUACACUGGAGACAGGGAGGCAAAGAUGGGCAGCAGCUAGUCCAGCAAAUGGCACAUGGGCACUCAUGGUCAAAUAAAUGAGAUUUUCAGAGGGGCAAUCAUGUGCAAACGUGGGGGCUGUGAGAGCAGUACCCUUGCUGGGAGGACUAUUUUACCAUUGGCAUUGUUUAGAAUUGCCAACAUAGAGUAAAUAACAAAAAAAGCAAGCCAACUUUUAGUCUGUUUUCAUUGUGGUUUUAAAUUUUUCAACAAACAUGUACCAUCCUAUCCUUGUCAUGCCACAGAGUAGGGAACAGGUUGAAAAUAGGUUAAGAGUCAGGUGAGAAACCAAAGUGGCAGUUUAAUUCCUGAUGGGCAGGAUGUGGUCCUGGUGGUAGUGAUAAGUGUGUGUGUACAUGAGUAUUGUGUAUGAGUAUGUGGGUAUCACACAGAAUUAGAGCUUUCUCCACUGAACCCUAAUCCCAUUUCCCACAUCAGAUCACUGUUAAUAGUAUGAUGAUAUUCUGUCCAAUUAUUUUAAUCUGUAUAUACUGUCAUAAAAUUAUCAUCAUAGUCUAUUUAUUACAGUUUUACUUUUUACUUAAUUUAUCUGAAAUAUAUUUCA